AUGCUGUCCCCGCAUUCGUCCAUCCCAACUAAUCCAAAGCAAGACAUCCAGUCCAAGCAGCCCAUUUCGAACCUUGCCAUGGCAUCGAACAAAAAAGAGAAAGAAGUCCCCUCAUGUUUCACCGACACCCAUGGAGUAAUCACUUCAACCAUGAACGAGCUCCCUGGCUACAAGAUCAAGUCCGUCCUUGGGACAAUCUAUGGCAUCACCGUGCGAACGCGGAAUUGGGGCGCGGACAUAGGCGCUGUCGUGCGAUCAGCUGUCGGGGGCGAGAUUCGAUUUUUCACUAAUCUGAUGUAUACGUCGCGGGAAGAAGCGAUGGAGAGGCUGGUGGGUGAGUGUAUGGGUCGAGGUGGGAAUGCAAUCAUUGCGGUGCGGUUUGAUGUUGCUAGUUUUGGGGCGUGCUCGCAAAUUUGUGCGUAUGGUACUGCUUGUUUGGUGGAGAAGAUUGAGGAGAAUCAAUGA